AUGGAGACCAUAUGCCUUCUACAGCAGUGUGGAGCCAGAUUGAGCAAUCCAAAGGUUUUUCUAGUCUCCAAUUAUGAAACCAGCCGCUUUGAUUUCCCUCUGCUGCGGGGAAAGCUGAAGAACGAUCUCCUGAAGCUGAAGAGGCAAGCCUUUCUGCUCAGUUUGCCUAGCAUCUACUUGCCAGUCCUAGACAAAAAGAAAACUGCUAUGAAUAGACAAAUAUUGACCAGAGCCUUUUGGUUGUGGUUUAUUGUUCUUAUCCCAAUCCCAGGGCUCUCCUUCUUUCCAGCCAUGAAGGUUCACUCCUGGUGCUACCAUAAAUUUGGUCUAGAUGAUCAAUCCCUCACAGCUCUUGCUCAGAUGGUUGGAAAGACAGCGACAACCUUUAAAGCAGCGAUGAAGCCCAUGACACUCAAUUCUGUGAAUUUAUGGAGCUUGACAGAAUUGAUGAGAGUGAUGAUGAUAAUAGGAGACUAUUACUACCGGCAACAUUUCCCAUUCCUUGGAUGCCUACUGUCAGGAGGAAUUUCACUUUGUUCCACCUAUUUCCUGCUAAAGAAGUUUGUAUCCGAUGGUGCCAAUGACACACACAGUGUUCUGACUGAAGCUCUGGUGCGAGAGGAGAAAAAGUCCAUUUAGCAGCAAACAUUAAUAACUUCUGUACCUAGUGGAGAAUGCAGGCAAGGGGAAUGGACACACAUCUGGUUAUGUCCUGCACCCAGGUGCAAAAUGCUUCCAUCAUUUGCUGAGACCUCCCACAGGGCCCUGACUGUCGCAGCAACCUCACAUGUACCUAUUGUUAGAACAUGGGAGAAAGCCAUCUUGGUGACUGCUUCCAGGAUCUGGAACUUCUUAUGGACACCAUAAUUCCAAACAAUACAAAAACUGUGCCAAGAAAAGCUUGAUUCUAUUCUCUGUACAAAUUUGAAGUAGAUCAAAUGUCCCUCCCUCUGUUGUUCACUUAGUUAUUCUGUAUUUGCUGACAGUGAGGAAAUAGGAAGAGCUGUUGACAACACUCAACCCCUUUUCCAAGCAAUCUCAUUCAAUACAUCACUACAUUCCCUGACCUUUGUACUGUGAGAGGUGUUCCCCUCUUUCAGAAAUGAUUUCUGUUGUUCCUGUGAAGGCUAGCAGCGUGUCUAAUCUUUAAUAAAUCAACAGGAUGAAUUCUGGAUCCAGUA